AUGGCCCUCAGUCCCGUCCUUCUCUUUCUCCUCUCUCUGAUUGGCUGCGGCCACUCCCAGGAUGACAUCAUCGACCCCGGCGUGGCCCCUCCCCCUCCUCUGGGUUGCGGUGUAAACGUGGACCCCCUCUACCGGACGUUGUGUGACCUGGAGUCUGUGUGGGGGGUGGUGUUGGAGGCCGUGGCCUGUGGUGGAGCCAUCACCUCCCUGGUCCUCUCCGUGGUUCUCCUAGCCAAGCGCCACUCCAUCCUUGACCCAGAUCGGCGCUCCGGCCUGGGUCCUCUUCUCCUCCUGCUGGCCUCCCUCUUGGUUCUCUUCUCCCUGUCCCUGGUCUUCCUGGUGGGGCGUAACGAGGCCCUGUGUGUGGUCCGCCGGGUCCUCUGGGGCCCCCUGUUCGCCCUGUGCUUCUCCUGCCUCCUGGCCCAGGCGGUGCGGUUGAAGAGGCUGGUGUCUGGAAAGUCUAGCCCCAAAGGGAGCUCCCUGGCUGGGCUUGGCAUGGCCCUGGCCCUGGUCCAGGGGAUCAUCUCUGGAGAGUGGCUGCUGCUGACAGUGGUGAGGGAGGGCCACGGGGCCUGCGACUACCCACCGUUAGACUUUGCCCUGGUUUGCAGCUACGCCCUGGGGCUGCUCCUGAUGGCGCUUGGCCUCUCCCUGGCUGUGGUGCUGUGUGGAGGGGAAGGGGGAGAGGACGAGGUAGAGGAGGGGAGUAACGGAGGGUGCGAGCGGCGUUGGAAGUGCAAUGCCGUAUGGCUCUUCCUGUCCUGCCUGGCAUCCUUGUUGCUAUGGGUUUCCUGGCUUGUGCUCUAUCUCUAUGGCGACAUGGUGUUGAGGGGGGCGCGGACGGGUGGUGGGGAAGGGCGGCGACUGGACUGGGAUGAGCCGGCGUUGGCAGUUGCCUUGGUGGCGCAAGGUUGGAUCCUCCUGUUAUUUCAUGCUAUCCCAGAAGCCCACCUGUGUCUGAGAGACCCGCCGGUCCCCAGCCAGCAGGACUACUUUGACACCAGCCAGCCCCAGCAGCCCUGCUUCCAACAGGAGGUGCCAUUACCUACACACACCCUCACACACAGGCCCUACGCAGAUAACCAGACCUACUCUAUCGAGGAACACAGCGCAGCACUGAGAGGUGGGUCGUACCAUAACGGACAUGGGGGGAUGCGUCCUGGGAUCCCCUUCAGAGGCCACAUGUACCAGCCCACUGAGAUGGCCCUGGUGAUGAACGGAGGAACGAUGCCUACCGCUCCGGUGAACUACACAGGGAGACAGCUGUGGUGA